CCUGGCGCUUGCACCACGGGCCCUGGCCAGGGAUCCGGGAGGCGGGUCUUGGAGGAAAGAUAUAAGCGGCACCGGACACUGCCAGGUGCCGACUUCCGACUCGCCAUCUGGAAGAGCUCAGGCUUCGGAGAAGGAGCAGGAGGACACGAGGCCGGCCGCAUCCACGGACGCGUUGACCGCCGCCUAAGUGGCCCAGUCCCCCAAGCAUGGAAGCCGUACAGGAGCUGCUGCCUCUGGCCAGGGAGAUGCUGGCGGCGCGACCCCGGAGCAAGCUGGUGAAGCUGUACGUGCUGGGCGGCGUGCUGGCGCUGGUGGGAGCGGUGAUCGGCCUGGUGGAGACCGUGUGUGGCCCCUUUGCCGUCGCCAGCCGUCUCCGGGAACAAGAAGCAGCCGCCACCGAGCUGCGGGCGGCCCGGGAGCGACGCGCGCUACGGGAGAAGGGCAAGCAGCCCGCGGCCGCGCUCUUCAGCCGGGCCCUCUCCAACCGGCUGCACGCCUCAUAGGCUCCGCCAGGAGAUGGACAGAGACACGCCAGGGGUGAGGACAGGAGGCAGGUGCUGUCUGACUUCUGAGAAGUCAGUGACACCCGGAACCGACCUAGCACGGGGACGAGUUCCGGUUAAGUUUUGCUGCUGUGCAGCGCUGCGUUGAGAAAAAAAGUCCAACACAAGUUGGCUUUGAGCUCUCCGAGUGCACUUAGCAUUGCGCGUGAGGGAGGAAGGAAGAGUGCUUUUUAUACUAUUAUUAUUGUUGUUGUAUUACAGAAAGCACCAUUUUGCAUUUUAAAAUAAAAAAAAUGUUUUAUA